AUGGCUGCCGUUAGUAAAAAUGAAACGUAUCUAGCUUAUGUCAAACAAGCUGCAGUGGGAGCUUUCAUGGGCUCUUUGCAGUUUGUAGCUGACAAGCUAAAAUGUACACCUCAUGAAACAUUGCAGGCAUUCUUUCUUUCAAAACAUCAAGAUCAAUCGUUAGAUUUAACCACACGUAUGUUAAACGAUUAUAUUCAAACCUGUUGUGAUGAAUUCUGUACAACUUAUCACGAUGUUUAUAUUAAGACAAGCAUUCCUUUGCGAACAGCAUUGGCUUUAAAUGGCGAUUAUUAUAUCUUCAGUCAUUUCAAUAAAAUAUUUCGAGAUAGUCGGUCGGAACUUGUCCCCGGUCCAAGACAUCUCAAUUGUUUAGCGUUAUAUACCGUGCGAUGCUAUAUGCCACUGCUUCUCUCAACCAUGAUGAGACUAUACCAGCAGUGUUCGGUAGGUGGAACAACAAGUAGUCGAGAUGGAAAUUGGAGUGAAGCAGAAAAAAAUGUUGUUCGUGCGAUGUUACAAGGGCUCGCUCAAACAUCAAUCGAUUGGGUCAAUGAGAACAAUAAAGGGGAAGAGUUAAAUCGAAUGCCAUUUGCUUGCCAAGAUAAUAGUUGUAAUCAAAAUUGGGAUUUAUUCAAUUUUUCUAAAAAAGAACAAAUCGUUGCUAUUGAGAACAUAAAAAAGUUUUGGGAUGAACUUGAAUCACAAGAAACGGAUCGAGAUUGA